AAUCUUGUCCUCUCUCUCACACCUCUUUUCCACUCUCUGUCUCUCUCUAUCUGUCCCCUUCUUCCGUGUCCUCAAAGUCUUCCUUUCUUCUCCAUCCCCAUUCACACAGAAUCCACAUCUCCUCUGAUAGACCCUCUCUCCUGUUCACCAAUGGAGGAUUCAGCCCCUUUCAGAAAACCCCAUUUCCCAAAUCCAGGGAUGAACAACUCAUCAGCAGUUCAGUUUCAGCAGAACCCCAUUACACAAGGUAAGUCUUACCUGCAAUUUCUGUUUAAAGGCAUCUUCUUUGUGGUUUUGGUCGUGGCUCUGCCUCUGUUUCCUUCACAAGCUCCUGAAUUUAUCAACGAUACGAUACUCGACAAGUUCUGGGAGCUUAUUCAUCUUCUUUUCAUUGGAAUUGCUGUGUCUUAUGGCUUGUUUAGCAGAAGAAAUGUUGAGAUGGGGAUUGAAAACCAGUCAAAUGUUGAAAAUGUAGAGUCUUAUAUGCCUAGGAUGUUUGAUGGGUAUGAAAAUCCAGGUGGGUCUGGUGAGAAGAAAGUUCUUGAGAGUUGGAGUUCUCAGAAUUUUGUAGGUAACCAUAAAAGUACUGUUUAUUUUGAUGCCCAAUGCAAACCCAGAUUGCCAAAUUGUGGAGAUGGUCUUGAAAAUUCUUGUGGUUUUAAAAGUAAGAAUGUUGCUCAAUCUUGGAAUUCUCAGUACUUUCAGGGUGAAUCUAUGGUUUUUGUAGCUCAACCAGAUUAUGCUGUUGAUGAGUUUGUGAAACCCAAAUCAGUAGUUGAUGAUGAGCCAUUAGGAUUGCCUGUUCGGAGUUUGAAAUCGAGGGUUAAAAACCAGGAGAAGCCUGAGUUUGUUACUAGGAGUGAGUCUGGUUUUGGUUCAAAGGUUUCAUCUAAUAGUUUUGACUGGAGUAGGAGUAAGAACUUUGGUGAUUUGGCUCCUAUUAAUUUACUAGAGAAAUUCAAUCAAGCUAUGGCAUCACCUUCCCCAGUUCUUCAGCGUUCGAGUUCUCGAAAGAUGGAAAGGGGAAAAAGAGUAGGUAGUGCCCCUCGUCCUUCACAUUUUAGGCCACUGUCAGUUGAUGAAGCUCAAUUUGAGUCGCUAAAAACUCGGUCCUUCCGGUCCACAUUGUCUUUCUCAUCCGAAACUAGCUCCAAAUCUUCUUCACCUGAAAAGGAGUACUCUUCUGUUAACUCUACAACUUCUGAGGUACCAAACCCGGAAACUGUUCAUUUGGGGAAAAGAAAGAAGAGCUCCCGAGCGUCUUCUCCUUCAGGUUUACCAUCAGAACCAAAUCCAAUGAUUGAAAAAGUUUCAAUGGGUGGAUUGCAUUCGAGGGGCUAUAGUGUAGGUUCUUUCUUUGAGGAGGAUUUGAGGAAAAGCUCAGAGAAUCACUUGAAGAAAGAAUUGAAUGGGAGUCGAAUUACUGGGGAUCAAUAUGAUUCAGGUAAGAAAGAGUUGGGGACAGGGUCUUUCGGAUCAGAGAAGAAGCCUGCAAGCCUCAGCAAAUCUACAUCAAGAGGAAAAUCAGUCAGAACAAUCAGGGGUAGUAGACUGACCACUCAUGACAAGGUUGAAAACAAUCAAAAGAUGUUUGAUAAUGGUGAAGCUGUAUUUAUGAGGAAAGAGAAAAUGCAAAAUGGAGGACUUGAUAAUCUGUGUGAUAUGCCAAAGCCAGCUUUUCCCAAGUACCAGAAGGAACAGUUACAAGACUUUUUUAACCAUCUCAAUGUGCAGUCUGAAGAAGAAUCGGAAAGUGAGGCUGAAAACUUUGAAGUGAGCUCAGAAGAUAGAGUGGAAGCUGCUGCUGCUGCAUUUUGCAACUCUGUCAAUGUUGCAGCAGGACCAGACUCUGAGGUUGAUAAGAAGGCUGGUGAGUUUAUAGCCAAAUUUAGAGAGCAGAUAAGGCGUCAGAAAGUUGCAUCAAUCGACAAAUCAAGAGGGCUCGGCGUUAGUGGGAAUCGCUCUAGAAAGCUGAGAGACACCAUGCUGAUGGUUCCCUCGUCUCUCUCUUAUAAACCCACACCUCCCACACCAAGCAUUCAUUUCAGUCACAACAAACAAAUAAUCCAAUGCUGUUCAAGUCAGAUCUCAAGACAUCACAGGGCAGAGAGUGGUGGCAUAUCACAUUGUGAAGAGAAUUUGAAUCGGAGGCUUAUUGUGUUCCUUUCAGUCACGACAAGCUUGUUUCCAAAUUUAUCUUCUUCUGCGAAAACAAAGAGUAAAAGUCCAUUUGAUGAAAGACGCUUGCUGGAGCAAAACAGGCGUAUACAGAAAGAAAAUAAUGCACCUGAAGAGUUUCCAAGUUUCAUUAGAGAAGGUUUUCAGGUUAAGGUAGUAACGCCGGAAGACUACACAACACGUGAAUCAGGACUUAUAUAUCGGGAUUUUGCAGUUGGUGAGGGUGAUUGCCCACAGGCUGGUCAGCAGGUGAUGUUCCACUAUGUUGGCUACAAUGAGUCAGGCCGUCGCAUAGACAGCAGCUACAAUCAAGGUUCUCCUGCCAGAAUACGCAUGGGAACAAAUGCAUUGGUCCCAGGAUUUGAAGAAGGAAUUCGUGACAUGAAACCUGGGGGAAAAAGAAGAAUAAUCAUUCCACCAGAACUUGGACCACCGGUAGGACCUUCCACCUUUUUCAGCUCAAAACAGUUUGAAGUUUUUGAUGUGGAACUGCUAAGCAUUCAAAACUGUGUAAGGAGGACUAUAGCUGCUUUUUACUCUGAUUUUGUCUGCGAAUAAAUGGAUGAGGUUAGACUUUGCCCAUUUCGGUAUUGUGAAACAUUUCCUCUUCUCGAAAUGUGUUAAGAGUUGGAAGAGUUCUCUAGACACUUCGGUUCUUAUAGUGAUUGAAUUUUAGCCGGAGAAUCUGAUCACAACGUAGUCGGAAAAGGUACAUUUUGCAUCUCAAAAUCAAUUAAGCAUAGUCAUUGUAUCUAUCAAUUCUCUACAAAGACUGUACUCCCUAAAUGAUUUACCAGCAAGGAUGUAAAUUUAUCGAAUGGGUUCCACUAUUUCAUUUUGCCCA